CUGGGCGAUAGCUACGACGAGGGCGACGACGAGGAGACUGGCAGCGGCGAGGAGGAGGAAGAGGAGGCGGAGGCGGCGGCCGGGUGGGAGCGCAGCGAGGACGCGCGGCUGCUGCGCGCAGGGCUGCCUCCUGCCGCCGUCCCCGCCGCGGCCGCCCGCCAUAGGAGCGGCCGCCGCCCGCCGAGGCCGCCGCCCGGCCGCCCGAGGAUGCGGCCGCCCGGAGACGAGGACCGCGCGAGUCGCCGCCGCCGCCGCCGCCGCCGCCGGAGGGACCUUCUGCUGAGCCAGCUCUGCUUCCUGGCCUCGGUGGCGCUGCUGCUCUGGUCGCUGUCGAGCCUGCGAGAGCAGAAGGAGCUUGACCUCAUGGACCUCAUAGGGGAAGACAGAAAGUGGAUGAUGGGGAGGAAGCUGAUGCAGGUGAACGACACUCUGACUUCCGAAGAUGCUGGACUCCGGAACGGCAAGAACUGCACCGAACCAGCCCUGCAUGAAUUCCCCAAUGACAUCUUCACCAACGAGGAUAGAAGACAAGGCGCGGUGGUCCUCCAUGUGCUCUGUGCCAUAUACAUGUUCUAUGCACUGGCCAUUGUGUGUGAUGACUUCUUCGUCCCUUCCUUGGAAAAGAUCUGUGAGCGCCUGCACCUCAGUGAAGAUGUGGCUGGGGCCACAUUCAUGGCGGCGGGCAGUUCGGCCCCAGAGCUGUUCACAUCGGUCAUAGGGGUCUUCAUCACCAAAGGCGACGUGGGAGUUGGCACCAUCGUGGGCUCAGCGGUAUUCAACAUCCUGUGUAUCAUUGGUGUCUGUGGGCUCUUUGCUGGGCAGGUUGUGGCUCUUUCCUCCUGGUGCCUGCUGAGGGAUUCGAUUUACUACACGCUGUCUGUGAUCGCGCUCAUCGUGUUCAUUUAUGAUGAAAAAGUUUCCUGGUGGGAGUCUUUAGUCCUUGUGCUGAUGUAUCUUAUCUACAUUGUCAUCAUGAAAUAUAACGCUUGCAUACAUCAGUGCUUUGAGAGGAGGACAAAAGGUGCCGGGAACAUGGUCAACGGAUUGGCCAACAAUGCUGAAAUUGAUGACAGCAGCAACUGCGACGCAACUGUGGUGCUACUUAAGAAAGAAGGAAGGAAAGAAGGAAUAAGGAAAGAAGAGUGGAUGGAUGGGUGGAUAGCAAAUUUCCACCGCAAAGCAUCAGUGAUCAUGGUGGACGAGCUGCUGUCGGCCUACCCACAUCAACUUUCCUUCUCUGAGGCUGGCCUUCGAAUCAUGAUCACCAGCCACUUUCCCCCCAAGACCCGGCUCUCCAUGGCCAGUCGCAUGUUGAUCAAUGAGAGACAAAGACUGAUAAACAGCAGGGCUUAUACCAACGGGGAAUCUGAGGUGGCCAUCAAAAUCCCAAUUAAGCACACCGUGGAGAAUGGGACAGGGCCCAGCAGUGCCCCAGACAGGGGCGUGAAUGGGACACGGAGGGACGAUGUUGUGGCUGAGGCUGGCAACGAAACAGAGAAUGAAAAUGAGGACAAUGAGAAUGAUGAGGAGGAAGAGGAGGACGAAGAUGAUGAUGAAGGACCAUACACACCAUUCGACCCCCCCUCGGGUAAACUGGAAACAGUGAAAUGGGCGUUCACCUGGCCACUGAGUUUCGUCUUAUACUUCACUGUACCCAACUGCAACAAGCCGCGCUGGGAGAAAUGGUUCAUGGUGACGUUUGCUUCCUCCACGCUGUGGAUCGCAGCCUUCUCCUACAUGAUGGUGUGGAUGGUCACAAUCAUUGGUUACACCCUGGGGAUUCCUGAUGUCAUCAUGGGGAUCACCUUCCUGGCUGCCGGGACCAGCGUGCCUGACUGCAUGGCCAGCCUCAUUGUGGCCAGACAAGGGAUGGGAGACAUGGCCGUGUCCAACUCCAUUGGGAGCAACGUGUUUGACAUUCUGAUUGGCCUCGGUCUCCCCUGGGCUCUACAGACACUGGCUGUGGAUUACGGAUCCUACAUCCGGCUGAAUAGCAGGGGGCUGAUCUACUCCGUGGGCUUGCUCCUGGCCUCUGUUUUUGUCACGGUGUUCGGCGUCCACCUGAACAAGUGGCAGCUGGACAAGAAGCUGGGCUGUGGGUGCCUCCUCCUGUAUGGCGUGUUCCUGUGCUUCUCCAUCAUGACUGAGUUCAACGUGUUCACCUUCGUGAACCUGCCCAUGUGCGGGGACCACUGAGCCGCUGGGUGCCCGCAGAGGCUCAGCUCCUUCUUUUCUGUGCAAUACGAGACCUGGCCGCACCCCGAGUCACACAGGACCACGGGGCCACGGCGUUCGUCUCUCCUGUGCUGUCCUCAGGCCUCCACUCCUGUUUUGGUGGCCCAGGCUCUCCCUUGCCCCAUCGUCACUUCCCCAAUCCUAGGGUCAUGCCCACCUACCCUUUCCUGCCUCCUCUGUGUGAAGACAUCCAGCAUCCACGUGACUUUUCCAGCUCAAUUUUGGAACAGUGACUGAGAUUCCAGAAAAACUGGCUGCUAACUGGCCCGAGCCAGGCAACACUGAUUCCAAUUCCUCCUCCUUUUUAAGUUAUUUGAUGGAAGACUCACCUAAUUUGUGACCUGAGACUGUUGAAGAAAUAGAGAGGAGGGGGUCCGUUGAUUACAGAGAGUGUCUGGGAUUUUGUUUGGUUUGGAGAUGAUGCCUAGGUUACUGGAUUUGGGGGGAUUGUUUUCUUUUGGGGGCCUUCCCCUUUUACUCCUUUUCUUCCAGAGAUCAAGAACUACUCUUGCAUCUUCUUCUACUGGGCUCCGGAUUAAUCAAUGACCCAAAGGUUGCACCUGCCGUGUUGUCUGGGCCUGCGUCCCAGACGUGUUGGAGUAUGCAUGGAUGUAGAGCUUUUUAGAGGAGCCACUGGGCAAGGCCACCGAGAACAAAUGCAUGACAUUUUAUAGCCAAGGAUGCCUCGCUAAAGUCUUAUGGGCGUCCCCUGGGGUUGGGGGUCACAAGGUUUUGGAGGAAGAAGACAACUUCCCUCAUGUCCAUCAUCACCAUCUCUUUCUCACUAGGUUCUUUCUAGUUUUCAAGCAAUAGUUCUAGCCUGCCUUGGACAAGGGGGCCCCAGUUAAACUACCCAUCCAUGAGGUGCCAGGCAGUCAACAACAGAAGCUUCCCCGACUUGUGAGUCCCUGAGAUGCGCUCUUGUUGUUUGGCAUUUGGGGUGACAGGGAGUGACCCAGAGGCCACCACUGCUUUUCAUGCAGGAGUUACAGACACUGGUUUCUUGGAAAAUGGAGAGAAGCGCACUUUGCACAGACAUCGUCAAUUAAGUCCCAGUUUGCCACUUGGUAUUGAGUACACUGGACCCUGACCGCUGGCUCUUGGGCAAACGUCCUUCCUCACGGGGCGCCUCCACCAAGCCGGCCCAGCUGCACCCCUCCCUUCCUGGAGGGAUGGCCAGGGAAGAAGAAAACAGAGAACUGACACCUUUGAAACCACAGAAUGUGUUACAUGCAGACUCGCUCAAGGGCGUAAGUUAUUGUGAACGUUUUUGCCAAUCACUGCUCAACAGCCCUGCUAGAUUUUGUAUGAUGCUGAAUUAUUACGCAGACUAAUUCCACCCAGUCAAGACACACCCAUGCUUGUUCACUUGUAUUUAUUGAAACUGUGGAUUCUUGCCCGUGCUGUCCCUUGUAUUUACUUUAAGCACUGAUCACUUAUCAUUCAUUCGGUAUGGUUUUCCCUGUCCCUUGUACACAUUCUGGUAUGAAUUUGUAAAAAAUAACCUGCUACAAAUUGGUUGAAUGUUUCUGUCUAUGAUGCGAGCCAGCAUUAACGAACAGGGCACGUGCCCGACUGAGGAACAGGAGAAGAAAUCACCAAUUUGGGCUCUCAGAGCUAAGACACACUUAUUGAUUCUGUUGCACAUUUUGCACUGGUUUAUGGCAAUUGUUUUCUUGGACGGAUAGUGUAAAAUAAACUUCUCUGUUCUCUAUC